UUUGCCAUGUCGAGCUAUAAGAUCAUCUUCUUGGGAGGUGGCAAUGCAGCCGGUUAUGCAGCUCGCGCAUUCGUAGAGAAUUGCCUCAAAGCGGGAGAGCUUGCGAUUAUUACGGAGGAGCCAUAUGUCGCUUAUGAAAGACCUGCUCUUUCAAAGGGGUACCUGCUGGGUGAGUUUGGGCGAUGGUGUGCUGCACGCCUGCCGGGAUUCCACACCUGCGUUGGGGGUGGCGGAGAGCGUCAGGCCCCGGAGUGGUACUCCGAAAAGGGCAUUACCUACCUGACCAACAGCAGGGUCGUCAAAGCGGAUUUGGCCAACAAGGCUCUCACAUUGGCGAGCGGCGAGGUGCUAUCGUACGAGAAGCUCAUUAUCGGUACCGGAGCCAGGCCGACACGGCUGACUGAAUUCGGAGUUCCUGGAGCUGACCUGGGCGGCCUCUUCUAUCUACGGGACGUGAAGGACGGCGAUGUGCUGGUGGCGGCUGUGGCGGCGACCAAGGAGGCCGGCGGCAAGGCUGUGGUGAUUGGCGGUGGCUAUAUCGGAAUGGAGGUGGCAGCAGGCCUGUCGUCCAGCGGCCUCAGUGUGACAAUGGUGUUUCCAGAGGACAGAAUCCUCAGCCGCCUGCUCACGCCGCAGCUGGCGGCCGUGUACGAACGGCUGUACGACGCCAAGGGCAUCAAGAUGGUUAAGGGAGCAAAAGUGACCGGCUUUGAUGGUGUCGAUGGCAAGGUGAGCUGGAGGUGUGGUCAGAGCCUGGAUGCGGGCCUGGUGGUGGUGGGUGUGGGAGCCCGACCCAAUGUGGAGCUGUUCCAGGGUCAGUUGGAGAUUGCUGCAGGUGGCAUUAAGGUGGAUGGACAGAUGGCCACCAGCGUGCCGGACGUGUAUGCAGUGGGUGACGUGGCGGCCUUCCCGCUUACCUCGGUGGCAUCAGGGGAGGUGUCGUACGCUCGUCAGGAGCAUGUGACGCACUGCAGGUUGAGCGCAGCUCAGGCGGCCAAGGCCAUUUUGGGUCUUUCGCCGCCGCCGUACGACUACCUGCCGUUCUUCUAUAGCCGCGUGUUUGCAUUGUCGUGGGUGUUUUAUGGCGAGGCUCCGGCGGACGCUACCGCAGUGCACUUUGGCGACAUGCCGGAGGCCAAGUGCUUUGGCUGUUUGUGGCUGGGGGCCGGUGGUAAGCUGGUGGGAGCGUUCUUGGAGGGCGGCUCAGCAGACGAUGCUGCGGUACUUAAGGCGGCGGUGGCGGGACGGCUGACGAUUCCGACGGAGGAGGGCGGCCUGGGAGCGGCUGCCGGCAGCGGCGCUGCGGUUGUGGCGCAGCUCAAGGCCAAGCUGUGACUGCAGGAUAAGCUGUGAAGCUCCUGUUCCGUCUUGAGCCUAGUUAGGCUGCUGAUGGGGAGGUCGUGGCGGCACUCGUGCUUGUGUGUGGCGCUCGGUGUGCUACCGCUGAUGCGUAUGCAAGUUAAAAAAUUGUUUGCAUGCAUGUAUGUAUGUGUGAACGUGCUUAAGUUUAUGGCAUGGUGUGAGCCGAAUACAGUAGUAUGCUAUGUUAUAAUUCCAUUUUCUCUCUUGACCACUAUUGGAGGGGACUUGCGUGACGCAGCAAAUGGUAUGUAUGUGACCUGGGUGCGAGGUAGGAUGGUGCUUAUAGGCGAUCUGGCAGCCCUUGAGCCCUCGGCUCGUAUUAGGGUGGUUUGCAGGUACGGGGAACGCACCCACGACCAUGUAACAACAACAUAUGUGACCUAAACUGCGGACGGGCGGAGAUGAUGUAACAAAACAGGUGUGUGUGGGAGGGGGGAGAAAAGGAAAAUCGUG